ACGGGCAAGGCGAGCUCCGAAGUUCUCCCUCGCCCGGCGCGACGGAGGCGGCGUCUCCCUUCCACCGGCGGAAGGGGGAUUGGGUCCCGGGACUUUGGCACCAGCAGCGGCCGCGGGUGCCGCCCGUCGUUUCACCGGAGAGAGGCAGCGCGCCGGUGUGGGGCGCGGAGGCAGGAAGCCAGAAGAGCAAGCUUCAAAUUCUCAUACUUUCAAGAGUAAGAACUUUAAGAAACCCAAAGUGUGCAACAUUUGCAAACAAGUCAUUGACCCACAAGGCAUUUCAUGCAGAGUUUGCAAAUAUGCUUGCCAUAAGAAAUGUGAAGCAAAGGUAGUGAAACCCUGCUUCCUUCCAGUCAACCAUCCAUUACCUGACUGCUCUGAUUCUUUUAUAAGCCAUGUAACCAGAACAAAUUCUGGUAGUUUUUUGAAAAGGCCAUCUAACUGUCGUGACAAGCCAUUUAAAAGUGUAGACUUGGAUCACAUUAUGGAGGAAGGUUAUGAACUGGACCUGAUUUACAUCACUGAGCGAAUCAUUGCUGUGUCCUUCCCAGCCAGCUGUUCAGAGGAAGCCUAUCUGCGUAACCUUCAGGAUGUAACUCAAAUGCUUAAAUCCAAACAUGGUGACAAUUACCUGGUAUUGAACCUCUCUGAGAAAAGAUAUGACCUUACAAAGCUUAAUCCAAAGAUUUUCGACGUCGGCUGGCCUGACCUUCAUGCCCCACCACUUAAUAAGAUAUGCACCAUUUGCAAGGCUAUGGAAUCCUGGCUGAACUGCAACUCUCAGCAUGUGGUGGUGAUUCAUUGUCGAGGUGGGAAAGGAAGAAUGGGAGUAGUGAUAUCAUCAUAUAUGCACUUCACAAAUGCAUCUGCAAGUGCAGAUCAAGCCCUAGACAGAUUCGCUAUGAAGAAAUUCUUUGAUGAUAAAGUUUCUGCUUUAAUGCAACCAUCCCAGAAAAGGUAUGUGCAAUUUCUGAGUGGCCUUCUGUCUGGAUCUGUCAAAAUGAACACAAAUCCUCUUUUCUUGCAUUAUGUUAUCCUGCAUGAAAUUCCAAAUUUUGAUGUUGACGGAGGUUGUCAGCCCUUUCUAAAGUUAUACCAGGCCAUGCAACCAGUUUAUACAUCAGGAGUAUAUAGCAUGGGGCCAAAAAAUCAAAGCAGAGUUUGCAUUGCAGUUGAACCACCUCAGCUACUAAAGGGAGAUAUUAUGCUGAAGUGCUACCAUAAAAAAUAUCGAUCUGCCAUUCGUGAUAUCAUUUUCCUCCUGCAGUUCCACACAGGUGCAGUUCAGGGUUAUGGUCUGGUGUUUGGCAAAGAGGAUCUGGAUAAUGCAAACAAAGAUGACAGAUUCCCUGUCUGUGGAAAGGUUGAACUGGUUUUUUCAGGAUCCCCAGGAAAAAUCCAAGGAUGUGAAAAUCUACGGAAUGACCAUGGUGUGAUAGUGGAUUACAACACUUCAGAUCCAUUGAUCCGCUGGGAUUCGUAUGAAAACAUGAAUUCUGAUGGGGAAGUGUUGCACACCCAAGGCCCUGUAGAUGGCAGCCUCUAUGCUAAAGUGAGGAAGAAAAGCUCUUCUGAUACCAGCAUUCUGAGUGGACCUCAAGGUGUUAUAACCAGCAGUCCUGACCACAGUGACCACACCUUGUCUGUUAGCAGUGAUUCAGGACACUCUACAGCUUCUAUAAGAACAGACAAGACUGAAGAGCACCCUCCUCCAGGAGCAAAGAGGAUUUUGAGCCCCCAAGAGAAGGAGGAGCUGGAUCAGUUGCUGAGUGGCUUUGGCCUGAAGAAUUCUGCCAGUCCUCUCAAGGAUAUGACUGAUGCCCAAAGCAAGUAUGGUGGAGCUCACCAUGUAGUGCCAGUUCAAGUCCAUGUAAAUGGAGACAUCAAGCAUGGGGAUAGAGAAACAGAUAUUCUAGAUGACGAGAUACCCAGCCAUGACCUUCAUAGUGUGGACAGCAUUGGAACUUUAUCAUCCUCUGAAGGGCAGCAUUCCAACCCUCUUGGGAACUUCAGCUGCCACAAGAGCAGUCAAAACUCUCUCCUGUCUGAUGGUUUUGGGAGCAAUACUGGGGAGGAACACCAUAACACUUUGGUCCCGGAUCUGGGAAUUAGUGUAGACCCAAUGUAUGAGAGGCCCUUUGGAAGUGUUGAGUCAAGGCAGUCACAGCAACUGUUGAGGAAUCCAGCUGUUGUCUCCACCCAGCCACACACCUACAGCCCCAGUACCUAUUCAACCCAGACAUGGGUGCAACAACAACAAAUGGUCAUCGCUCACCAGUAUGCCUACUCUCCAGAGAAUGAAGUUCAGCUUGGUGUUCAUGGUACGGUUGAGGACAUGGGCAACUUGCAGAGCCCAGCCACAGUUCCAGAUACUCCAGCAAGGGGAUCUAGCAGCAGAGAUGCUGUUCAGAGAGGGCUUGGGAAUAUGCCAUCUUGCAGCAAAGUAACAGACAACUCUAUAUCUGAAGAGUUUAAAUCAAGAUUAGUCUGUGAAAAGAGUAUAAAUGAUCUUGACCUGCAGGUGAAUACAGGAAACAAGGCAAGAUGCUUACCAUCAUCACCUACCCUGGAUAUUGAUCAGUCAAUUGAGCAGCUGAACAGACUGAUUUUGGAACUGGACCCAACGUUUGAGCCUAUCCCCACUCGUAUCAGCAGAGAUACAAGCCAGCUGAAUGGCUUUACUGGUGCAGAAAUACACGUAGGAGGAUUGGAGAAGAACUCUGGAUUUCAUGGGAAAACAGAGGUCAUUGACAGGAGUCUGUUCCAGCAGGGUUCCCAAGAGGAUGACAUAUUAGAGGGACGAAGCAGGAAGUUGAACCUUGGACAGUAUGACAGUGAUGCCCCUAAACAGUCAUUGUACAGCAAAAGUGGAUGGACAAAGUCGUCUCCCAUUGACCACUCUGAAAAUUCAGGUUCAUUUGUGUCUAGAGGAGAGACCAAAGAGAUGGGUGUUGCAAGCUACCAUGGAGACCUGAAUGAAAGAGAUGGCAGUAUCUUCUCACCAACCAAAAAGGGAAAUGAAACAGUCCCAGUCACUCCAGCGUUUCCAGUAUCACCAGAGACUCCCUAUGUGAAAUCUCCCCUGCAUUAUCAGCAACUGAGUCCAUCUGGUUGCCAGAGCUGUAUCCCAUCAGAGACAUGCCGAACAGUUCUUGAACCUCAAGGUUACACAGAAGACCUCAACCGCUCCACUGUGAUGUGUGAUGCUCCUGCUCCCUCCACUGUGAUGUGUGAUGCUCCUACUUUGUUGAGGAGAGAUGGACAGAAAACUUCCUGCCAGCGGGUAGCUGCAUGCACAGUUUCAAACAAUAAUUCUGUCCUGAUAAAAGAGAGUCCUGCAAGUGAGCACAUCUGGCAACAAAAGAGUUCUAAAUCCUCCUUGAUGUCCCAUAUUUCAGAAACAAGCAGCAGCAAGUCUUUAGGAAGCUACCUCAUAUCACCAGAGUUUUCGGCCCCUGCACGAGAUGGCUCAUACUUGUCACACUUCCAGACCAAGAGUCUCCAAGCUGAGCCGUUCAGUGGUGAGGAGUGUUCAUUAGCUGGGCAGCCGCAAGAUCCUGGAGCCGGCACCAGCUUUCAAGCUUUUCUCAGUUACAGUGGGGUUGGCACCAACAGCAGCCAGUCUUUUGGGGAGAAGGCACCUGCUUUUGUGGCAAAUACUUAUUGCUCUUCCAAAACAGUGAAGUCUCCAGAAGACAGUGGCUUUUUGCAACAUGGAUUUCUUGCACCAGCAUCUGGACACAACAGCGAGAACAGUAUAAAUCAGCAAAACCAAGGCAUGAUUGCCCACCCUCAACCCCCUCUUCCAGAGAAGAAGAGAACUUCAGAAGGGGAUCAUUCUUUUGGCUCCAUCUCACCUUCUUCAAGUGGCUUCUCAAGUCCACACAGUGGAAGCACUAUUAGCAUUCCAUUUCCAAAUGUUCUCCCAGAUUUCUCCAAAGUUGUAAAUACUUCACCGUUACCAGAAAAUGAAAGCGAUAAGCAUGUGACUGUAAAAUUUGUCCAAGACACCUCCAAGUUCUGGUACAAACCGGAGAUUUCAAGAGAACAAGCCAUUGCUGUCCUAAAGGACAAGGAACCAGGGUCAUUCAUUGUCCGUGAUAGUCACUCUUUCAGAGGAGCCUAUGGCCUCGCCAUGAAAGUUGCGAUACCUCCUCCUUCAGUGUUGCAGCUAAGCAAAAAAGUUGGUGAUUUGUCCAAUGAACUUGUCAGGCAUUUUCUGAUUGAGUGUACCCAUAAAGGAGUGAGGUUAAAAGGAUGCCCUAAUGAACCGUAUUUUGGGAGCUUGACAGCUUUGGUGUAUCAGCAUUCCAUUACCCCUCUGGCACUGCCCUGCAAGCUACUCAUCCCAGACAGAGAUCCCCUGGAGGAAAUUUCAGAAGCCUCCCCACAGACUGCUGCAAAUUCAGCUGCAGAGCUUCUGAAGCAAGGGGCAGCAUGCAAUGUGUGGUACCUGAAUUCUGUUGAAAUGGAGUCGCUCACAGGUUACCAGGCAGUACAGAAAGCCCUGAGUUUAACGCUGUCUCAGGAUCCUCCUCCCAUCUCUACUGUGGUCCAUUUUAAAGUCUCCGCACAGGGCAUCACAUUGACAGACAAUCAGCGAAAGCUCUUUUUCAGAAGGCACUAUCCAGUCAAUACAGUUAUUUUCUGUGCUCUGGAUCCACAGGACAGGAAGUGGAUAAAAGAUGGUCCUGCUGCAAAGGUGUUUGGGUUUGUUGCAAGGAAGCAAGGCAGUGCCACAGAUAAUGUAUGCCAUCUGUUUGCAGAGCAUGAUCCAGAGCAGCCUGCCAGUGCCAUUGUAAAUUUUGUGUCAAAGGUCAUGAUUGGUUCCCAGAAGAAGAACUGAAAGCCUCUGACUCACUGCUGUGCAUGAACUCAGCAAGAAGGAGGUUGUAAUGAAGGAUACUGUGAGAGAGUAACCACACACUCUGCAUGUAACUGUUCCUCAAGAGGAUAUUGCCUCUGCAUGGCUGUACAAGGAGAGUUAUCUGUACUUCAAUGAUAUAAUUUCAUCAUUUGAAACAUUUUGACCUCAGUUUGCAGAACUAAGAACGGAUGAAUUUCAAGCCAACAAAAUCCCAUAUGCUCAUUUCUGAACAAACUUUAGAAGACUUAAAGCAAAGGAGCUGCAAAUUGAAAAAAAAAAUUUCUUUUGCUGUUUUCAUUCUUAUGGGAUGGAAGGGGAAGUGAGAAAGAAAAUAGUUACCCAGCCAGUCACAUUACUUUAAUGCAGAAUCCUUCCUAGGAAAUGAUAUAUGCCAUAAGAGCAGAACUAUGUACAAGGGAAUCAUGGGGUUCCUGUUUGUAGUAGUAAUGAGAGUGGAAUAGGAUCCUGGCACAUGGAGGGGGGGGUGUUUGGCAACUUUCCUGCCACCCAACAGUUCUCAUUUGCAUGUGUGCCUCCCAUUUCUGUCAUUUUUUCCCUCAUAGCCAGCCUCAGAAAACAGAAUCCAAACUUUAGGGAAAAAUAAGCUCUGGGCACAUUUAUACAGAAGAAAUGAUGAGUACAGAAAGGGGCAUAUGAAGCGUCCUUCCCUCCUGCUGGCAGACUGUGAAUGUCCCAGCGCUGUGCGACACUUGCCAUCGUUGCUUCAGUAUCUGCCACAGCCUACGCAAAAAUGUUAGGAUCUCUUUUUCUUUCUCUGUUUUUAUUUAAUGGUGAAAGAACUCAUUUUAAAGGGGGAAGCUGUAUGUUCAGAUGAGAAUGGGUUAGGUUUAUUAGGAUGGUGGAAAGGGAUGUUUCUGGACAUUUGCCUAGUGCAUGUUGGAUAGAGAGGGUGACAUAUCUUAAUUUGCUGGGAGAUACAUUGGAGAGAUGUGGAAGUUGAGCAAGUUCUUCAUAUGAAGAAUUUAAGCAAAGAAGGUAAUAUUAUAAUGGUUAUAUAGUAAAAAUGAGGGUAAAGUAUGUGAUAAUAGUUUGUAUAAGUUAUAUGUAUUACUUGCUUCAUCAGAUGGUUUAAAGUGCAAAGCAGAUUUCAGUUUCUGUAUAAAUGUUCUGACUCUGGUCAUAUCAUUAAGCUCUACUGAGUACUCAGAGAGCAUUUUUCAAGCAUACACUAUUUGUUUGAUAGGACUUGUGAAGGAAACCCAUACAGGCCUUAGAAUGAAUGGAUGUUUUGCUACUGCAGAACUUCAGGAACUGCUUUUUAUAUAUAUACUGUUUUCCAUCAUUGUACAGACUGUCUUGUACUUUGCUGUAAAACAGAGGUCUCCAAACUUUUCAGAGUGAGGACCACAACAUAUAUGUUCCAGAUUUUCGAGGGCCGAAGCAAGAUGGAUACACAUAUGCAUGGAUGCACACAAACACACCUGCCUACCAGGCCAGAUAAAAAGGCAAGAUGGGCUGUAUGUGGCUCAUGGGCUGUAAUUUGGAGACCCCUGCUGUAAAAGGUAGUGUUUAAAAAUUUUGGCUUUAAAAACAGUCUACCUUCUCUUUAUAAUAAACGAUUUUCAUACCAUUUUCUGUUUCCAAAAACAAAAACACUAUUUAUGGGUUUGUCUUGAAAUCCAAUUUGUCUGGAUGGUUUUUAAGCUGAUUUUUUUUAAAAAAAAUCCAGAAUAAAUUUUGAAAAUCAUAAAGGGAAACCUUGAUUUUUUUAUGCACUUAUGUUUUGAGAAUUGUCACGUCCUUAUUUGAUAAUUUGAUAAUGUGACCAAAUAGCCAUCUGUAAAGUACUGUUAUCUUUAUAGAAUCAUAGAAAAGUGAGGUUGGAAGGGGCCUAUAAAGCCAUCAAGUCCAACCCCCUGCUCAAUGCAGGAA